CGCCUCUGCAUCUGUGGCCUGCGCCGCCAGCGCUAAAAUGGAUCCUUUUAAACAGGAAUCCGAGCUCCAGCAGUUUUACCACCAGUUGCUGCGUCCACUGUCGCUCUUUCCCCGCAAGCCGACGCGCCCAGAGUCUCAGAAGCGCCUGUCGCUGGACGUCCCGAUGCUACUGCCCCUGCCCGUCUCGCGGCUGACAGUGGCAUCACUGUGCCGCCGGGUGGCCAAGCGGCUGGCCAGCAGCGGGCUGACGGAGCGGAUGCCUCCCGAGGGCCGACAACGUUUCACAAAGGUCAUCCUGGACGAGCUAAAGUGCAGCUGGCGGGAGCCACCCCCCGAGCCUAGUCUGAGCCACUUGGACAACCAGAGGCUGCGGAAGCGGCUCCUGGUCUACGUGCUGCUGAGCUGCGAGCAGCUCUUCUUACGCUACCUGCACCUGCUAAAGACCAUGUCCGCCACCUCAGAGGUCUUCACCGAAUCAGCCACACUCACCCGGUUGACCGCCAGCCUCGCCAAGGACUGCGCGGUCUUCCUCACCAGCCCUGAUGUCUACCGUACCCUGCUCGCCGACUUCCGCGCCCUGCUGAAGGUAGAGCAGGCCAAGGGCGGCUUAUACAAGCUGCGCCCCAUCGGCCCCCCUGCGGCUUUCAAGCCAUGGCCUCAAGGCACCAGCAUCACCCAAGGGCCAUGCUGCAACCUCAACCUGAGCUACCUCAUCCAACUCAGCCGCGCACCAGAGUUUCUCAGUGAACCCGAAUCAGACCCAGUGAAGGAAUUGAAGUCCAUCCCCAAGCUGAAGAGGAGAAAGCCUCUCCGCUUGCCGUCCUCCGCGCAAAAGAAGAGAGAGAGCGGCUUCAGUUCCUCACAGAUUGUGUACUCCGUGGCUCCCACCAGCGAAUCUCCCCCCGUCUCCCAUUUGCCUCUCUACUCCCAGCUCCAGAAGGGCCAGUCCAUGCCCUCUCUGCGUGAGGGCUGGAAGCUAGCAGAUGAAUUGGGCCUUCCUCCACUCCCACCUCGUCCCUUAACCCCGCUGGUCCUGGUUACAGAGAGCAAACCAGAGCUGGCAGGGGACCCGGUGACUGAGGACCUGAAGCAAAUGAUGAAGAACAUGAAAUUGGAGUGGACUCGCUCCUCACCGCUGGACUCAGGUCUGGCCCUGCUCCUGGGGGCCAUGACCCACCGCCCAGCUGCAGCACAUUGUAUGGCAGAGCUGCAGCGAAUGUUGAAUGAAGAAGAAGCCUCCAGGCAGCAGGGCCCCAAAUCCCCUCCACUUCAACCACAGCCAGUGACGGUUACUUUGAAGCUAAAUCAGACUGUGGUCCAGGCAGCUGGUGUACAGAUCUCUGAGAGAAAAUUUUUGGAUUCAUUCCACGUCAAGGGGACUGGAGUCCUGUACAACCACCUGGCUGGCGAACUGGAUCCCAAACUUAUUGAGGAAAUGGAUACUGACCGCUUUGUCGGUAAUAGCAUCAGGGAGGUCUACAAGGAGUUGAUGAGCCGUGUCUCUACUGACCACUUCUCUUUUGAGCAGGGACCCCUGAUUGAGCCUGCAGCCAGUAAAGACUGGUCGAUGUUCCUGACCUCAGCCUUUAUACGUCAAGAGAAACAAUAUGUCAUCAACCCCAAGCUGGCUGGACUUCAUCCCCAGAGAGCAAACAUUUUACAGCCCAAUGCUGAUAGGAUGUCCAUCACAUCACUCCAAACAAGCAAAGCCUGGGAGAAGCAGGCAAACAAGCCCUCGUGGAUGAACUGGUGGAAAACCACCUUGUCUGCGGAUGACUAUUUCAAGUAUCUCACCAACCAGGAGACAGAUUUCCUCCAUGUCAUCUUCCAAAUGUAUGAAGAGGAGGUUCCUGUGGAGACCGUGGCCCCUGUCAAAGAGCCCCUAAAGAUUCAGCACCCUCCUCCAUUGCUAAAAGAUGAGGAGCCAGACUUUGUGCCAGGAGAAUGGGAUUGGAACACGGUGCUUGGGUACAGGCAAGAAACUAAGAGAAUCAAUCUCCUAGGAGAACCCUACAAAAUCCAGAGCCUGCAGAAACGUCUGGAGCGGCUGUGGUCCAUGCUUGAGGUCCCCCACAAGGACCGGCUGGACAUAGCCAUCAAGUACAGCUCCAAUGCCCGUCUGAGGCAGCUGCCUUCACUGGUGAGUGCCUGGGAGCGGGCCCUGCAGCCCAUUCAGCUUCGAGAGAUGUUGCUGGGGAAACUGGAGUGGUUUGAGCGACAGGCCUCUGACCCCAACCGUUUCUUCCAAAAGAUGGGCAUGGGUCUGAAUCGCUUCCUGGAGGAAAAUCAGAUCCGCAGCCAUCUGCAUAGGAAGCUCAAUCUACUGGAGGCUCCUUUGGCUUCGCUCCUGGAGGAGAUCGAGCUAAUCUUUGAUGAGCCAGUGACCUUCAAGGGGCGGCGCUACCUGGACAAGAUGAAGCACGACAAAGUGGAGAUGCUCUACUGGCUGCAGCAGCGGCGGCGGGUGCGCCACCUGGUCCAGGCCCAGAAGGCUUCCUAUCAGUCAGUCAUGUUCAGGAGGCUCAGCAGCUCACCUGCAAUAGACCCUGGGAGUAACUCCAUUCUUCUUUGACCAGGCCAAGUGCUUUCAAAUCCCUCCCUAAUUCCCCAACACCCAGCAGCUCGUUCAGACCUCUCGACUGCUUUAGAAGAAGAAAUAUCUGAGGGUUCAGGAACACUGUGCUUUCAACUAUCAAGGGACUGAGAUCAACACUUUAUUUUGACAGCGAAAUUCUCUUAAACAACCCCCAGACCCAGCAUUCUCAUGUAUGUCAAGCUAAGCAAAAUACAGUCAAUAUCUCAUAUAUCAAAAGAACUGAGACCAUCCCUUGAAGUUCAUUGUAAUGGAAAACAUCAGACAGAGGCAAACCAUCACCUUCGGAAUACCUUGGCAUUUCUAUCACACUACAGUGAAUUGACCGACAGGGCCCCAAAUCAAAAGGCUCAGUGGCAUAAUGGUUAAGAGCUAGGGCUCUGGAGUUAGCGGAUAUGGGGUUAAAUCCUGGCUCUGUAACCUUGGGCAAGUUACUUAACUGCUCGGCACCUGUCACAUGUCAGAUGAAGGGGUUGGGUCCAGGUUGUCACCACUUCCAGUUCUAGCAUACCGUAGGUGGAGUUAAAUAUUUUAAUUAAACUUUUACCAGUUACUACAAGUACAUGGUUCACAGUACACAAGGGUGUGUACUGAAAAGUAAGUGUCCUUUCCAUCACUCCCUCCAGGACCUCCGUUCCCCUCCCCGGGGGUAACAACUGUUACCAGUUUCUUGUGUAUCUUUCCAUUUCCUUAUUCAGGAAAUAAUAAUUGAGUACCUACUAGGUGGUUUAUGCUCAGUCUGCAUCACUGAACAAAACAAAGGCCCCUACCCUUUGUAGAGUUUAUUUCUACUGGGGGGAAACAGACAAUAAACCAUAAACAUAGUGUCUAAGAACAUUGAAUAUUAGAGAGUGGUAAGUAUUGUGGGGGAAAAAAAAGAAUAGGGUAAGAGGAGAUCAAAGGUGGUCCGUAUAGGCCUCGCUGGGAAGGUAAGAGUUGACCAAGGCUUGAAGGAGGGGAAGAAGUGAGCUCUGUGGACAUGUGGGACAACAGCUGUCCUGACAGCCACUGCAGAGCCUUAGGUAGAAGCCUGAGGUAUCUCAGAAAUGCAAGGUGGCCAGUGUGGGUGGAGCAAAGGAAGAGGAGGAGAUGAGUCAGAAGGGUCAUGACAAGGUACCGAGGGGCAGGUUAGAUUACGUAAGGCCUCGUAGGCCAUUGUAUGAACUAGUUCAGAGAUAGCCUAUGCACAUAUGAGCACAUAUGUACAUAUUAUCCAUGCAUAUUUUUAGCUACAUCAAUAGUAGCAUGCCGUACCCUGUUUUUUUCCUUUUUUCAUGCCUGAGCUCAUAUCAAUACACAAAGAGCUGCUUUAGUCUUUUUGAUAGCUAUAUAGUAUUCAUUGUAUUUUUAUUUUAUUUAAUCCCUUAUUAUCAGACACUUAGAAACAAAAACAAUGCUCUAAAAACAUCUUCGUUCAUCUAUUUAGGAUUGCAACUAUUUCUGUAGUUUAAAUUUCUGGAAAUGGAAUUAUGUUUAAGCAUAAGCAUUUGUAAUUUUGGUAGCUAUUACUAAUCACCCUCCACAAAGAUUGUAACAAUUUGCAUUAUCAUCAAAAUUGUAUGACUAUACUUUCCCCACUCUCAACGAUAGAAUGUUAUCAAAUUUUUAAAUCUUUACCAUCUA